AUGGCGUUAUCGGAGACCUCCCACGCGGAAGACCUCGCCUUCGCCAUCAAGGUCCCCGCGCUGGACAACACAUUUGGCGCGCUCUUGCUCGGCACGUUCUUGGGACUCGUAUUGUACGGGUUGACGUUGCAUCAGGGAUAUCGGUAUACUCGCUUUCCAGCCUACGACAAGGAUUCCAAGUGGCCGUCGUACUCAUACUCGAAACGUUACACUCCGCUCUAG